AUGGGAUCCCUGGUACCGCCGAAGAAACAAUGGAUCAUGAAUGCCUUUGCCAUGAGCUCGCCCGGCCACGUGAAUGCAGGGCUUUGGAGGCAUCCGCGGAACAGAUGCCAGGAAUACCACAACGUUGAUUAUUGGAUUGAGCUUGCUCGGAUUCUCGAGAAGGGCAAAUUCCACGGCAUCUUCAUUGCAGAUAUGCUGGGCGCCUACGACGUAUACAAAGGUCCCGAGAACAUCGACCCGGUCCUACCUGGUGCUGCUCAAUUCCCCAUCUCAGACCCCUUCCUGGCCGUCGCAGCCAUGGCGGCGGUGACGAAGUCGCUGUCCUUCGGCAUCACGUCGUCCACGACGUACGAACAUCCCUUCGCGCUGGCCCGCCGCUUCUCAACGCUGGACCACCUGACCCGUGGCCGUGUCGGCUGGAACGUCGUCACAAGUUAUCUCGACAAUGCGGCCAAGAAUUUCGGGCUGGACACCCAGAUACCGCACGACACGAGAUACAAGAAAGCCGACGAGUAUCUCAACGUGGCGUACAAGCUCUGGGAAGGGUCCUGGAGAGAUGACGCCGUGGUGCAAGACGCAAAGGCAGGCCAGUAUAGCGUCCCUGGCCGCGUCAGGCGCAUUGAUCAUCAAGGGGAAUGGUUUAAAUGCGCCGGACCUCACACGGUCGAACCGUCGCCACAGCGGACGCCCUUUAUUUUCCAGGCAGGCACCAGCACGGCAGGCAAGGUGUUCGCCACCAGGCACGCCGAGGCCAUGUUCAUCCCCGGUAUGGACAUCGUCGCCAUCCGAAAGGGAGUCGACGCGAUCCGCAAUCUGGCCUCCGAGAUUGGUCGCGAGCCGGGGAGCAUUAAAUUGAUAGCCGGUGUUCACAUCAUAGUCGACGAAACGGACGAGAAGGCUCAAGCCAAGCACGCCGAAUAUCUCUCCUACGCAGACCUCGAGGGCACUCUCGCCCUGUUCGGAGGCUGGUUCGGCGUCGACAUCUCCCAUUGGGGCGACGACGAGGACUUUCGGUUCGCGCCCGGCUUUCCCGGUGCCAUCCAAGGAAUGUUGGAGGCGUGGACGGCGACCGUCCCCGGCGGCGAGGGCAUCAAGUGGACCAAAUCCCGCAUCGCCCGGGAACUGGCACUCGGCGGUCCGCAUCUCAAAGCAAUCGGGUCGCCGACCACCGUGGCCGAUGUCUUACAGAAGCUGGUCGACGAGGCCGGCGUCGACGGAUUCAAUAUCUCCUACGCUGUCUCGCCUGGGGAUUUCCAAGACAUCGCCCAGUACCUCUUCCCCGAGCUGAGGCGGCGAGGUGUAUUCUGGGACGACUACGCCGUGCCUGGAGGGACCACCCGCGAGAAUUACAGCGCAGACGAUCGAGGGAAAAGAGUCAGGGAGGAUCACCCGGCGUCCAAGUACAGGUGGAGAGCGGGCGAAUCGGAUCCGGAAUACGCCAAGCACCAAGCCGUUGCCGUGGAUGGGAACACGUAA